AUGUCAUCUAUUGUCACUCCGGACAAGCCAAUAACGGCACAAAAUAUCUUACAACUCUUUCCCGAUAUCGAUAUAAGCACAGAAAAUCUAUCUGACCAUGACCCUGAACAAAUUCGGCUCAUGGAUGAAGUCUGCAUUGUUCUAGAUGAAGAUGAUAGGCCAAUCGGGAAUCUGAGCAAGAAAACGUGCCACCUUAUGACCAACAUUAAUAAGGGAUUACUCCACCGCGCCUUUUCGGUAUUUUUAUUUAAUUCCAGAAAUGAGCUCCUCCUUCAACAGCGUGCUACAGAAAAAAUAACAUUCCCAGAUAUGUGGACAAAUACAUGUUGCUCACAUCCUCUCGGAGUGCCUGGUGAAGGUGGCACAGAUCUUUUUGAGGCCAUUGCGGGUGUCAAAAGAGCCGCCCAGCGAAAACUGAACCAUGAACUUGGCAUACAUGCAUCUCAGGUCCCUAUUGAGAAUUUCCAAUUUCUAACCAGAAUCCAUUACAAGGCGCCAAGCGAUGGGACAUGGGGUGAACAUGAAAUUGACUAUAUACUCUUUAUAAAGUCUGAUGUAGAUCUUGCACCAGCUCCAAACGAAGUACAAGAUAUCAAGUAUGUGUCAGCUCAUGGCUUGAAAAAGAUGUUUGACGAUCCAGAGUUGAAAUUUACCCCAUGGUUUAAGCUUAUUUGUAAUUCUUUGCUCUUUGAAUGGUGGGAAAACAUUGAUGGGGGAUUGGAAGCAUAUCUGAAUGAACAAGAAAUCCGGAGAAUGUAG